GCUCUACAAACCUGGAUCACUAGUUUCCUCCAAGAGUAUAAAGCUGAAGAGGGAUUUUAUGUGUCCUAAAUCCUUUUUGGAAUCAUCAGCUACUUUUUGUAUUUAACAAAAUCCUUGAAUCUUUUCCCCUAGAAAAAUAUGUCUUUGUAUGUACAUAUACGGUGCAUGUACUUGGAGAGGUUUUCAAGGAUUUCCUGAUGCCAGGCUACUUGGAAUCCAUUGGCUCCAAGAAAGAAACUUUUGUUACAGUUCCAAAGAUUUUUCAUACCUUUACUUCUAACAGAACAGUUCAUUUUCCAAAAAAGCCUUUGCUCUGGUUGAAAUGGCCCAAGGAUCCUUGCUAGGUUAGCCUCUCAUCACCAGCGCCCUCACUCUCUCAUACGCUCUUCCACACUGUUAGGAAAUUACUGUUGAGUCUAGUCCUCUAACUUCACAGGUGGGGAAGACAGUCUUAGAUUUUCAAAGUGACUUUACGUCCCCGUGACUUACUGAAGACAACUAACACCAAGUCUCUUGACUGAUUGAAAGGAUGUUUAUGUGUGUGUGUUGAACUUAAGUCAUGAGCCAUUAUAAUGGUAUGGUUAAGAAUGUAGACGCUUAUGCCAAACUGGAUUUUAAUCUCAGAUCUACUACUUGCUAGUUCUGUAACCUUAGGCAAAUUAGUAACGUUAGUUUUUUCAUUUAUAAAAUGGGUAUAAUGCCAAUCUCCUCGGUAGAGGAAGAUAAUGUAUAGGAUAUAGGUAUAUCGCCAGUCAUCUUAUACUGAGUAUUAAAUUGUUAAUUCAUGGAGAGCACUUAAACAGUGCUUGGCUACAGAGUCAGUGCUCAGUAAAUCUAGUUGUUAAACCAAACACUAAAAGUAAAAAAAGGAACAAAACAAAAAACCUCAUUGUUACAACUUUACGUAAUAUCAACAUCUCAGUUGAGAUAGCCAGGAGGAAGUUGUGCUUAUCUUUUGAAUCAGGCAAACUCCUGAAUACUGGAUUAAAUACAAAGAGAAAGGCUCUUUGGCCUCUAAUGAUUUAAGAAACCUAAAAUGGUUCUAGGUGUUUUCUCAAGCAACUUCACUGAAAACAUAAAGGCUGUGACUGCCUGAUAGUGCUGCUUUUUGAGUGGCUCUUUUCUCCUUUAGAACUGGACUCUUGAUGGGCAUUUUGUAGAGACUUGAGUCUCUACAUCCUUCUGGCUGACAGAUGCUCUGCCUUCAUCAGCAACUAAAGUGGCUCUAUCAUUUCCUCUCCUGUUGAAACCAAAGAAACUUGAGUCUCAUUCUGUUUCCAGACUCCACUUUCUGUAUGCUUUACAUUAGCGCAAUUCACAAUGGGCAAGAGCCGGACGAAACGCUUUAAGCGACCUCAGUUCUCCCCUACGGGCGACUGUCAGGCCGAGGCGGCGGCGGCGAACGGGACUGAGCCAGAGGAGGACGACGGGCCAGCGGCGGAGCUGCUAGAAAAACUCCAGCACCCGAGCGCCGAGGUCCGCGAGUGCGCCUGCGCGGGGCUGGCCCGGCUGGUGCAGCAGCGGCCGGCGCUGCCGGGCCUGGCUCGGCGGGACGCCGUGCGACGCCUCGGGCCGCUGCUGCUCGACCCCAGCCUGGCGGUGAGGGAGACGGCGGCUGGCGCACUGAGAAAUCUCAGUGCUUGUGGCGGUUUCGAAGUUUGUGAUGACAUGGUGACCAAGGAUAUCAUGACUCCGCUGGUCGCACUGCUGAAAGAGUGUAGUACUGGACUGGAUUCAAAUGAGAUGUCUCCACAGGAAAAAAAAGAUCAGAACAGAAAUUCUAUUGAAAACAUAGCCAAUGAGGCCGUAAACGUGCUGUGGAAUAUAUGUGAAUGCAGUAGUAGAGCAGUAUCUAUAUUCAACAAAGAAGGGUGUUUGGAGAUUGUAUUAAAGUAUUUAAGUAGGUUUUCCACCAAUGUUGACCUGGCUAUUUCAGUAGCAUAUUGUUUGCAGACGGUGACCGAAGAUAACCCAGAGCUACUGAAAUCUUUCAGUGCCCCAGCAUUGCAUGUGCUGGAAUCAGCAAUGCUUUCUCCUGUCAAUUCCAUGGAAUAUAUUCUAUUAAAGACAUUGGUGGCAGGCACAAUUUGGAAUCUAAAGGACAUUAUUCCAUCCAAGAGUCAGGCAGAAAUCAUAAAUGCCAUACUAAAGAUCUUAUCUGAAGUUCUGGAAAUGGAUGCUGGUGAAACGGUUCUUCAAAUGAAGGAGGCCGAAACUCAAAGGAUAAAAACUGCUGCAGACACUGAGGGCACAUUACAGAAUGUUAAUGGUGAUGAUUUGAUUGAGGAUGAUGAAAUGGAAGACAUUCCUCUUAGAAGGAAAGUCAGAAGGAAAGCUUUCAUUUCAGAUUUACUUCCACCCACCGACAAGGAGCUGAGAGAGACCAUAGCGUUGCUGACAGCUCAGCAGACUGCUCUGGAAAUCAUUGUCAACAUGUGCUGCAGUGAAGAUCCCACUGACGAUGAAUGGGAAGAGCUUUCCAGCAGUGAUGAAAGCGACUCAUUUAUGGAGAAUUCCCUCAGUGAAUGCGGUGGGCAGCUGCUGUCUCCCCUCUGCCUCUCCCAUGAGGUUCACACCGCUCUCACCAACUACCUCAUCCCAAAGAAGAUUUUUGAGAAAACUGCCUUUCCAAACAGCACUGCAGUUGACGUGUGUUCUAGGAACCCCAGUUGGAAACCUUUGAUUAGAAAAAUGAGCAUUAUACAAUGCAGAGCCCUCGUGUGUCUCCAGAGCCUUGUCUCCCUCCUGGAUGUGGACCAUCUGGGAGGACCUGCAGCCCUUCAGACACUUGCACAGCAUCUGUCACAACUGCUUUUUUCUCAGCCAGAUUUUGCUAAGCAUGUUGACUUUUUAGAAGCUAUAAGUAGUGCCUUGAGGGCCCUUUUGCAAACAGUGGCCUCCAAGAACAUUCCUCAGUGCAUGACUCCCGACCAGCUGUUGACACUAUGCAGAGCAGGCAUCCAUAGUAGUAAUGUUGGGGUGAGGGUAAAUGUGGUUAGUAUUUUAGGAAUCACUGGCAGCGUCCUAGCCAAAGAAGAUGGCACACUUGACACUCUUAAGACCAUCGGGUGCUUUCUGCUUGAGGUUGCCACCAAAGAUCCCUCCCUUGUAGUAGCAGGAGAGGCUUUGGAUGCCCUCUUUGAUGUUUUUGCAGAUGGUAAAGAAGCUGAAAGGGCCUCAGUUCAAAUUAAAUUGUUAUCUGCUCUGAAAGAAUUCCAGCCAGUCUUCAAAAUGAAGUUACGGAAAGAAGGGAGAGCUAAAUACAGUCCAGAUCAGCUGUGUGUUCUCGACAACGUGAAGAUGAACUUGAGAAGGUUUGUCGCUUAUCAAGAAACUGUUGAGAAAAAACUGACUACUUGAAAGAGACCAGUCCUCGCCUCAGAGCGUUCAAAGCUGAAGAAUACUAGAGGGUUUCCUUUCAGUGUGUGUGUUCCUGAAAGUCAUUUUUUAAUGCCUGUACACUAGUUUGAAGUUCAUAAAAACUCCAGAACCUGUCAGAAACUCUUUAAAAGCUCUGGGAUCUGUGUGGCAUUUCUAGUGCUCUCAGAAAUGUUUCCAGCAUAUUUUAGUCACUGGAAACACGAACAGUGGAAACACAAGGAAAUCUCAGGUGCUUCUUCAUGAGCAGUGAAGGCACUUCCAAACAAUCAUGUUUUCCUUGAAUUUUGCAAAAAAGGAAAAUCCGAAGCAUUGCUUGGAUGCUCUUUUAAGCCAUUAUCAUCUUAUAUUAGCCAAAUCUUUAACUGAAAUAUGAAGACAAGCUUUAUAAGUUUUUUUUGGUAUGAAGUAUAUCAAUUAUGCUUACCUUUUGUGAAGAGGGGAGUGAGUUGGAGUCAUAUACCACUAUUUAGCAGACUAUACUACUAGCUAAUGAGCUCUUGAGGUCAUCGUCGUCCUCUGUACAAAAGGAUCUGAUCGGAUACUGCUUUGGAACAUCACUCCUUAUUUAAUUGGAAUUUAAAUGGAAUCAGAAUUGGAAGAAUAUGUUUUUUAAUAAAUAACUUUUUAAUUGAAA